UUGAGUAAUAGUGGACAAGUGUAGAUUUUGCUGAUUUUCAGUCUGGCACCUGCAGAAGGCCCUGCUCAGAGGAGCAAAGCUGCUGUGGUGGGGCAAUGAUAGAGACGCCGUCCCGUAAUUCUUUCCCUAAGCCUGGCACUGCUGUAGUGCAGUCAUAUUCCCACGUGACUUUCCUGAUUUUUCUUGCUGUUCUGGAAUAGUAAACCUGCAUUUUUGAAGGGUUCCCCUCUUCAUUCGUCUAUAGCUUACUGAAGGCGGAAUGCUGCCUGCAGACCUAGCACGCCUUUUCCCGGGAAACAAAUCUGCAGUCUUGCAGGUGACUUCUGUAGCCUGGCGCACUUUGAUUUCCUUUGCUAAUGCAAGAUCUUUGGCUUCUAGAAUUUUGCCUGUCCUUUUAAAAUUACGCACACCUCAAGCAAUCUGAUCCAUGCUUAAUGAUCCUUUCUUAAGCCCUCCAGAGUCACGUGUCAGUCUUGGGUUUCUCAAAUGAGCCACCGAACUCUGAAAAAUCUCUACUUGCCUUUGCUUCCUUGUAUGCCAAAAGUAUUUGUUUAUUGAGACAAUUUUUGUGCUUCCUCUCGUUUGCGUGCGUGUGUAACCUACUCUUUGCAGAAGAUCAUAGAUCCAGCAGCUGCCUUGAAAAAAGUAUCUGGCAGAGGAGGAAGGCGAUCCACUGGUGCAGGUGGAGGCUGUUUGGAGAGGAAGGGAGGAUGAAGGGAGAAGUAAACUCAGUCAGUCCAGAAUCAAGAAAAGGCCCUGAUGCCAUGGAGGAUGGGAGCAGAAGGGAACUGUGGGAAGGAACCUUGCAGAGGAGCCUGGGAGAGGAUUUUCCCCACUUCAGGCACUUCCGUUACCAGGAGGCUGAAGGGCCCCGAAAGGUCUGCAGCCAACUCCACCGCCUUUGCCUCCAGUGGCUGAAGCCAGAAAGGCACAGCAAGAAGGAGAUCCUGGACCUGGUGAUCCUGGACCGGUUCCUGACCAUCCUGCCCCCGAAGAUAGAGAGCUGGGUCAGGGAAUGUGGACCGGAGAGCAGUUCCCAGGCGGUGGCCCUGGCAGAAGGGUUCCUCCUGAGCCACGCAGAUGACAAGAAUCCAGACCAGGAGGUGCAGGAAAGCAUCAACUGUUGCCUCGGAGCAGCUUUUCUAGUUGGUAUUUUUGGCUGAAUAUAACAUUGGCUGUGAAGAAGAACUGCCGAAACGAGCUAUGUAGGAAGCUGGCGGGCUCGUUGCCAACCUCCCGGCCAACCGUUUGGGUGCAUUCCAGCCCUCUGAGCCAUUGCUUCCAGGAUGAAUGUUAUUGGUUGAAGACGGGGAGGCUUCUGUCUUGCAACCUCUUGCCAUAUCAGCCGCUGAGCUGUUGGAAUCUAUUUCGAUAUAUUUUCCAUCAAGGACUAUUCAAUUGAAACAACGUAUUUAUUGCUUUCACUGUAUAUAAGUUGUUUACAUUGAUUAUAGAAACGUGUUUAAUUAUUGUAUUCACUGUAUAUAAGUUGUUUUCAAUGAUUAUAGAGAUAUAUAUUUGUACACCUUGUAGUGUUUUUUCUGUGGGUUCCUAGGGUUUCCUUCUUGGUGUCUGAUUUGGGCGGAACCCUUCCGCAAUUUUUUGAUUGUAGUGUAGUCUUAUAUGUGGUACUGGACUCAUGCUCUCGAUGUGGUGUUUUGCUCUGGGCAGGAGGAUGGUGAUGUGAAGGUGGGGAGACUAAAGAUGGUCCCAUUCUCAUGGACAGAUCACUACUUGCUGGGAUUUAGGCUUGCAGGGAUACCAAGACUGCACAACCUGUGUUUUGCCCUCAUCUAAGGAAGCCUACACAGGACCCAGAAUUUCUCAAUCAACGACUCUCAAAUGUUCCUUUCUAGAGCAAGGUGAUAGAGCACGUGGUUGGUGGAGAACUGCAAGCUUUUCAGGAUGAGGCCAAUAGAUCAGAUCCUAUCCAGUCUGGUUUUAGGCUUGGUCAUGGAACUGAUGGAUGACCUGCUCUGGGAGAUGGACAAAAGAAUCGCCGCCCAGCAAAGUAGGCAGUGUUAUUUCACUAAUUGUAUGCCUGUGUUUUUCCUUAUGUGCCUGUCUUGCACACUUGCAAAGAGAGGCUUGGCUACAGUAGCUGCGAUUCUAUCAGUGGUGUUCGAACAGCCUGUUCCUCACAUUUCUGUGAAUUCUAUACUGUUGGAGAAACAGGCCAGUAUUUGUCUUUGAUAACAAUAGCAAGAGAGAGUUUUCUAAAUGUCUGGAAUCAAACAAUUAUCCUGUAUAAGCAUGCAAGGGGAGUUGUGAGCUUAAUCCAGGAGAAUCUAUUUUCCCCACGCAAAGAACUGAAAUACUAAAUACCUGAAAACCUUUCACUGUCUUCCAAUUAUCUUUUGAUGCUUCCAGGGGAGGCCUUGAAACCAACAAUAAAAUAUUUGCCAGAUCUCUGCAGCAGAGACAAUGCAACUUCUCUGUGGCCAGAGCAGCAUCUGGUAAGCUUCGAGGAGGUGUCUGUUCAUUUCACUGAGGAGGAGUG